UGAGGCAGCUACCACGAGCCCCACACCCGGCGCAGGAGCCACCUCCGGGAGCCCCACGGCGUACGCCGCAGUCCGCCUGCGCCCUUCAGCCCGGCCGCACGCUCCUCAGGGCUGCUCGGCCUCGUCGCCCUCUUUUGAUUUGCCUCACUCCUCGGCCUUUGGUCCCUUUGCCUGUUCGAAGCCGGGCCCCGGCUCGAGCAGACCAACAGCCCAGGCGUGUGCCAGAAGCACAGCCUCUGCUCCUCCUCGAGCCCCGUAGGCGGGAACUGCUGGCUGCCGCCAUCAUGUCUGCUGCAAGUGCUGAGACUCCAAACUCAACCAUCUCCAGAGAGGCUAGCACCCAGUCCUCAUCAGCUACAACCAACCAAGGCUAUGUUUUACCAGAAGGCAGAAUCAUGCCAAACACUGUUUUUGUUGGUGGAAUUGAUGUUAGGAUGGACGAAACCGAAAUUAGAAGUUUCUUUGCUAGAUAUGGUUCAGUAAAAGAAGUGAAGAUAAUCACGGACCGAACUGGUGUGUCCAAAGGCUAUGGAUUUGUUUCAUUUUAUAAUGACGUGGAUGUGCAGAAGAUAGUAGAAUCACAGAUAAAUUUCCAUGGUAAAAAGCUGAAACUGGGCCCUGCAAUCAGGAAACAAAAUUUAUGUGCUUAUCAUGUGCAGCCACGUCCUUUGGUUUUUAAUCCUCCUCCUCCACCACAGUUUCAGAGUGUCUGGAGUAAUCCAAACCCUGAAACUUACAUGCAGCCUCCAACCAUGAUGAAUCCUAUAACUCAGUAUGUUCAGGCAUAUCCUCCUUACCCAAGUUCACCAGUUCAGGUCAUCACUGGAUAUCAGCUGCCUGUUUAUAAUUAUCAGAUGCCACUACAGUGGCCUACUGGAGAACAACGGAGUUACGUUAUACCUCCGGCUUAUACAACUGUUAACUACCAUUGUAAUGAAGUUGAUCCAGGAGCUGAAGUUUUGCCAAAUGAAUGCUCAGUGCAUGAAGCUACUCCAUCCUCUGGAGGCCCACAAAAGAAAUCUGUGGACCGAAGCAUACAGACAGUGGUAUCUUGUCUAUUUAAUCCAGAGAACAGACUGAGAAACUCUCUUGUUACUCAGGAUGACUACUUCAAGGAUAAAAGAGUGCAUCACUUUAGAAGAAGUCGGGCAGCAGUGCUUAAAUCUGUUUGAUCCUCUCUGCAACUUUCUAGUCUCAUGGGAAGUUGCUGGUUUUGAAUAUUAAAAAGAAGCUGAUAGUUUUUCACUAUUAUAGAAAUAGAAAUUUAAUUCUGAAUUUUGAUAAAUCACACUCAGGCUUUAUGUUAUAUUAUUAGAUUGUCUAGUUUUAUCUUACAUUGAAACUGUUCUUCAUUAGAUGUUUAUUUAGAAACUGGUUCUGUGUUAAAUAUAUAGUUGAAAGUAAAAUAAUUGAGACUGAAAGGAAUAACUUUAAAAUUUAUCUGCUAGGAUUUUUUAAAAUUGAAAUUGACAUUUUUAAGAAUUUAAAAGCAAAUACUGAUUUUCAAAAAAUUGUUUUAAAAACCUAUUUUGAAAGGUCAGAAUUUUGAUAGUUUGAAUACAAGCAUUUCACUUCUCCAACAAGUACCUAUGAACAGUACAGUAUCUAUAAUAUUGUUCUUUGCAUUUAUGAUUUGUCUAAAAUUUACCACAAAAGCAGAAUUUUUAAAACUGCAUUUUUAAUCAGUGGAACUCAAUAUAUAGUUAGCUUUAUUGAAGUCUUCCUUGUCUAAACCCAGUAAAACAUAUUCUAAGCAAACAGUCCAAUCAGUGGGUCUUAAUGUUUAUUCAAAAUAUUUUAUCCUUUAUCUAGAAUCCACACACAUAUAUAUCCUAUUUGACUGGGAUGGUAAUUAAGAUAAAUAAAAUUCUGGGCCUAAUUUUUUAAAAGAAUCCAAGACAAACUAAACUUUUCUAGGUACAUAAGCUUCUCAGUGAGUUACCAUUCUCCUUUUUAUAAAAUUAUUUUUUCCUUGAAAUGCUAAACUCAAUGGCUGUGUCUUAAAUUGUGCAAAAUAUUGGUAUUAAAGAAUGCUGAAGCUUU